AUGACGGCAAAGUUUUCAGUUCCAAUAUUGCUUUUCAUAACCAUUAACAUAGCUAAUGGUCAAGCUCAACCAACUCACUCAACCUUGGUGUUCUACCUACAAGAUGUCGGAAAAGGACCUAAGGCAACGGUUGCUACGGUUAUAGGCAUCAAUGGUAAGGUUUGGUCUUAUAACACAUUUGGAACAAUAUUUGUUGUUGAUGAUCCUGUUACAUUAAGUCCUAGUUCAUUUUCAACUCAAAUCGGAAAUGCUCAAGGUACAAUUACAGUAACUUCGCAAGAUGGCGCAAAUGUGAACAUUGUUUUGUCAAUUGUGUUCAACAAUGAGCAAUAUGCUGGUAGCACUUUGGAAAUUCAAAGUACAAGUCGCCAACGUGAUAAUUUAAGAGAGUUAGGUGUUGUUUCUGGAACAGGAAGGUUUCGAUUUGCAAGAGAAAUUGCUGUGCUUGAAACUAUAUCUUAUGAUCCUACAAGUAGUCAGUCUGUUAUUAGGUUGACUAUAACCUUGACAAUACCUUGAAAACUUAUGUAU